UCCACAAACAAUGGCUACAAGUACUAGUACUUCCUCCUCUGCUCCUUUUAUAAACGUUUGCAAUAAAGAACUAAAUAUCGAGGACUUUUAUGAUAUUUAUGAAAAAAUGGAGCAACUUUCACCUCGCUGGAAGCAAAUUGCCAUUUCCUUGCGUCUCAAAAUAAGCACAAUUAACAGGAUAGAAGCUGAUUGUCGUGGAGAUACUGUCACUUGUCUGCAGAAAGUUUUAGAGUAUUGGCUAAUAAAAGAUUAUGAUUACGAACGUUAUGGUAUUCCUUGUUGGAGGAGAGUGUGUGUAGCUGUUAAAGAAGGAGGAAGAAAUUCAGCAUUAGCUGAUGAAAUAGCUCGUGAACAUCCUCUACCAGCUAUGCCACCUGCAGGAUCAACUAGUUCAAAAGAAAAGAGUGCCACUCCAGAAUCAGAUGAGGUAGCUUUGUCACCAGCAAGCACUGACAGAGCAACAGUUUAUGUUCAUCGUCCUGAAAUAAACCAUCCUUUGGCGAAGAAGAUAUAUGAGUUACAGGAUGUGUUUGCUGAUGCAUUGCAAAUAUCAAUGGAAUCCUUCCUCAAAAAGCCAGGACUUCUUCAUAAAAUCUUGAAUUAUCUUACAAUGCAUGUUCAUGCUCUGUUGGGUCCUAUCAGAAAAAAUAAUCCAUCUACAGUGCAAGCAGUUAGAGAAGAGUUUAGUGACAUUAAAACAAUGACUGAUCUUUUUAUCAUUUUGCAAGAUAAGUAUGUAUCAUGGUUUAACUAUGAACUGAUAAUUAAACUUGUUCGUGUGUUCCUGAGUGACAAUCGUACAUUAAAAAGAGCCUGGUCGUCAUAUGAAGAGAAGUUAAAGGAUUAUUUUAUAAACAGUGGUGGACUAUUGAAAGAUGCUGAUGCUGUAGAGUUUGGUGUAAAAGGUGUUCCUCCUGGUACACGAGUAAUGAUUGCUAAAGUUGACAGAGAUGACUACACACUAGAUGACCUAUUCUUCUUUCGUAGUGCGAUACCUGAAGAAUGUGACGUUCCUCAUUAUAAUAUUUAUUUUCUUCGAGUUCGUCCUGGUUCUGUUGUCCUAGAGUACCUCAUUUCUGAGUAUCUUUAUUCUUUAUUAUUUCCUCUAACUACAAAGCUACAGCAACAGUUAGCUAGUAUUGGUAUCACUGAACUAACAUGUGGUGAUUCAGAAGAUAAAUAUGAUCUAAGAGAGUUCUCAAUAGAAGAGGUUAAGCUCUCAUCCACUGAUAUUGAUAUAUGUGAUCCAUUAUGGUAUGAAAAUACCAGUACACCAUUACAUGAAGCAGCUUGGAGAGGAUUAAGAGAUGAAGUACAAUGGCUUCUUGAUAAAUUUGGUUACAGCACAUAUCAUCGUGGUCUUCAUGGUUGGACUCCAUUACACUCUGCAUCAUAUGGAGGACACAUUGAGAUCCUUCAACUACUCAUUCAUCAAUAUGGUAUUGAUGCCUGGUCAGGUUCUACUAGUGUAUUAAGUUAUAUCAUAUCUCAGUAUAAUCUUAAUGCUAAUGAUACUGAUACUUAUGGUUGUACACCAUUAGUCUACUCCUGCCGGUCAGGUAGUAUUAAUUCUGUUAAAUAUCUUAUUAAUAAUCAUAACAGUGAUCCUAAUAUCACUGAUAAGUAUGGUAUGACAUGUCUUCAUCAUUGUUGUCGUCUUGGUCAUAUUGAAAUCACUCAAUGUCUCAUUGAGGUGCAGCAUUGUGAUAUUAAUAAAACAGAUAAUGAAGGACGCACGUUAGUACAUCAUGCUGCACAGAGUGGUAACUUCGAUUUAGUUCAGUAUCUUAUUACUGAACAAGGUUUGUCUCCUACUGCAGCUACUAAGAAUGGCAUCACUGCUUUACAUUAUGCCUCAGUGUCUCUUAACUUAUCUCUUGUUAAAGAAUUAAUAACUACCUAUCAGUUAGAUCCUCAUCAAGCUGACAGUAAGGGUAAGUUACCAAUUCAUUACGCUGCUGAAUCUGGUGAUAUCUUACUACUGGAAUUAUAUGUGAAGGAUUACAAGUGUAGUCUGAGCCUAACAGAUAAUGAAGGUUGGAACGUUAUUCAUUAUUCAUCAUUAAAAGGUCACACUCACUUUGUCAAGCAUAUCACCAGUCAGUAUCCUCAAUACAUUAGUUUAAUACACUCUACAGACAAUGAUGGUAGGAUUCCAUUACAUCUUGCUUGUAAUAGUGGUAAUAUUCAAUCAGUCACAUUUCUAAUUAAUGAUAUGGAAUGUGAUGUCACUGCUAAGGAGACAAGUGAUGAAACAUGUGUCACAUUUGCGUGUUUCUCAGGUAAUCUUGAUCUAGUACAAUUACUAAUACAACAGUAUAAGCUUGAGCCUUUAGCUACUAAGAAAUCUGGCGUAACAGCAUUGCAUGCAGCAGCAGGCUGUGGUCAUACUCAUAUACUGGAAUGGUACAGUCAGGAGUAUAGUGUAGAUAUUCCUAAUCACACUAGCAAUAAUAAGUACACACUAGCUCAUUUAGCUGCUUAUGAAGGUAAGCUACAUUGUCUACAGGAACUGAUCAACAAGUAUCAGUGUGAUGUUAAUGCCACUACUACUACUGGUAGAACAGUUCUUCAUAAAGCAUGUGAAGGAGGCCAUGUUCCUGUCGUACUUUAUCUCACUAGUCUUCCUCAGUGUGAUGUAGCAGCUAAUACUUCUAAUGGAUUAACAGCUCUUCACAUUACCUGUGGGUACAGUGACUCUCUUCCUAUACUCAAACAUCUGGUAGAGAAUCAUCAGUUAGAUCUGUGUGCUGUGAAUGAUGAGGGAAUGGCUCCUAUUCACUUAGCAUGUUUAAAAGGAAGACAGGAGUUGGUCCAGUACAUUAUAGAACACAUACCAUCAUCACUUGAUCUACCUGUCACAGGAUAUGGUCAUACUCCAUUCCUUACUGCAGUGUGCUUCAAUCAGUUAGAUGUUAUUAAAUAUCUUAUUAGUAAGAAGUGUAAUCUAUCAGCUACUGAUGAUGAAGGGUAUGGAGCAGUUCACAUAUCAGUAGAGGAAGGUCACUUGAAUGUAUUAAAGUAUCUCAUUGAUAAUAAUUAUUGUAAUCCUAAUGCAACUGAUCGUCAAGACCGUACACCACUUCAUGUUGCUGUAGCAGCUGACAAGUUUGAACUAUUAGAAUAUUUAAUAAAAUCAAGCUUACUUAAUAAUGUACAAGAUAAAGAUGGUGACACACCAUUACACUUUGCUUGUAGGAGAGGAAAACAGAAGAUGGUAUCACUUUUGACCAGCUCUGCUAAUAUUAAUAUAUUAAUUACUAACAAGAAAGGACAGACACCAUUACACUUAGCAGUUGCCUCUGGUCAUAAGGAUACUGCUGAAGCUUUACUGUUCUCAGUUACUGGUAGUUCUACUCAUCAUGAUCUCCUUACAGCUACUGAUAAUGAAGGAUCCACUGUAUUUCAUACAGCUUGCAGUAAUGGCCAUAUUGAUGUGUUUUGUUACCUGUGUCAUGUAUAUCCAGAAGGUGUCAAAUCUUUGGAUGCAAACAAACGCAGUUUACUUCACAUAAGCUGUGAGAGGAAUUGGAUGGAUAUGGUAAAGGAGCUAGUUGAGAAGUAUGGACUACUUCCUGAAUCACAAGAUAAAGAUGGCAUCACUUGCUUACACUUGCUAGCUAAAGAAGGUAACAUUAAAAUAUUCCAAUACUUAAGACACCAUAUUCAUUCAAAUGCUGUACCAAGAGACAAAUCAGGUCGUAUUCCUCUUCAUUAUGCAUGUCUCUUCAAUCGUAAUGAGAUGGCACUGUAUCUCAUUAAAAGCUGUCACUAUAAUCCUGAUGAUCCUGAUAAUAACGGAUACACUUCAGUUCAUGGGGCAUGUGAAGCUGGUAAUUUUGAGCUAGUCCUAUACUUCAUAACAGAGUGUGGUUGUAAUGCACAAGCUAAAACAAAAGACCAGAAGACCCUCCUUUAUUACGCUAUCAAGAGUUCUAAUUUAGAAAUGGUUCGAUUUUUAACGGAUGUUAUGGAUUUAAAUCCAACUUCUAUUGAUUUUGAAGCAGCUGAGUCCAACAGUGCAAUAUUAAAACACCUUGAAGAGACUAGAAAAAAUGUAAAAAAUCUGGUAGAGGUUGAAACAAGAGAUGAUACAAACAAUCUUGGCCACUUCAUCAAGAAUAUGCCAAUGAUGAUUGAUCCAUCAAGGCAGUAUUACAUAUCCUAAUUGCCUUCCAUUGUUUAAUUCAAUACUUCCAUAAUAUUGUGUGUAUACAGCACCAUCAUCUUAUGUAUCACCAUUAUUAAAAUUUGAACUACAAUACUAUAUCUUAAAUAAUUGCCAUGUUACACCCUUCCUUAUCACAACAUAUGCAACCUUAUUACAAUAAUAUUGCUUUAAUUCACUAAUAUUUAUGCACCAUUAUAAUACCAUGAUACACUUGAAUCUAAUGAACAAGGACAUGCAAUAUUGUAUCCUGAGCACAUUAUCAUUGUAUCAUCGCCUUAUUAUUAUCAUAUAACCACCAUAUCACCAAUUCACCAUCGUAAUAUAGUUGGUAUCUUCAUAAGAUACAUUAUGAUUUAUUUCUUUUAGAACAAAGCAAAGUAAGUGGAUAUCAUGAGAAACUUGAAGGACAACAGGUUGACCCACCAGGACAAGAUAUUGUAUCUUAAACACACUGUUAUCACCAUAUUACCACCUUAUCAGUCCAUUGUAUGAAACCUAUCACCAUAUUACUAAUACACCAUCUUACUACAGCACCAUAUGUAACCUAUCACCAUUACACCAUCAUAUAUACCUAUCCUACCACCUUAGCACCAUCUAACUACCUUACACCACUUAAGUACCAUCAUCACCAUUACACCAUAUACCCACAAUGGUUACCAAUAUCACCAAUCCUAUA